UCGGCGGCAAGCAAGAUGCGGUGCGCGCCCUGCAGACCUGGAGCUCCCCGAAAGCAACUCCGUCCUGCUUGAGAGAGGCUGCGGUUUCCGAGGCCCCUGAAAGCUAAGCAGCAGCUUGGACCUUGGAUCUGGCUGAGCCAGUGACGGCUUCUCGACGUCGCCCUCUAGCGUCGGUCUAGAGAAGUGCCACCCUCAGUUCUUGGGGCCACCGUGCUACUUGCACCAUGGGGUAUGUUGGCAUCCCACAGGUCAAGGCCCUCCGAGGUUCUGUUUCCGACUAUGUCAACUAUGAUAUCAUCAUCCUCCAUUACAACUACACAGGGAAGCUGAAUAUCAGCGCCGACAAGGUGAAUGGCAUUAAAUUGACUUCAGUGGUGUUCAUCCUUAUUUGCUGCUUCAUCAUCCUGGAGAAUAUCUUCGUCUUGCUGACGAUUUGGAAAACCAAGAAGUUCCAUAGGCCCAUGUACUAUUUUAUUGGCAACCUGGCUCUCUCAGACCUGCUGGCAGGAGUGGCAUACGUAGCCAACCUCCUCUUGUCUGGCGCCACCACCUACAAGCUCACCCCGGCCGAGUGGUUUCUGCGGGAAGGGAGCAUGUUUGUGGCCCUGUCGGCCUCAGUGUUCAGCCUGCUGGCCAUCGCCAUUGAGCGCUACAUCACCAUGCUGAAGAUGAAGCUUCACAACGGCAGCAACAGCUUCCGCUCCUUCCUGCUCAUCAGCGCCUGCUGGGUCAUCUCCCUCAUCCUGGGAGGCCUGCCUAUCAUGGGCUGGAACUGCAUUGGCACGCUGCCCAGCUGCUCCACGGUGCUGCCACUCUACCACAAGCACUAUAUCCUCUUCUGCACCACGGUCUUCACCCUGCUCCUGCUCUCCAUCGUCAUUCUGUACUGCAGGAUCUACUCCUUGGUCAGGACUCGGAGCCGCCGUCUUACGUUCCGCAAGAACAUGUCCAAGGCCACCCGCAGCUCUGAGAAGUCCCUGGCUCUGCUCAAGACGGUGAUUAUCGUCCUGAGCGUCUUCAUCGCCUGCUGGGCGCCUCUCUUCAUCCUGCUCUUGCUCGACGUGGGCUGCAAGGUGAAGAACUGCGACAUCCUGUACCGAGCGGAGUACUUCCUGGUACUGGCCGUGCUCAACUCUGGCACCAACCCCAUCAUUUACACUCUGACCAACAAGGAGAUGCGCAGGGCUUUUGUCAAGAUCAUGUCCUGCUGCAAGUGUCCCAGUGGAGACUCUGCGGGCAAAUUCAAGCGGCCCAUCAUUGCAGGCGUGGAAUUCAGCCGCAGUAAGUCUGACAACUCAUCCCACCCCCAGAAGGACGAUGGGGACAACCCAGAGACCAUUAUGUCCUCUGGAAAUGUCAACUCUUCUUCCUAA